AUGCGACUCAAAAAGGCCGCCCGAGUCAUCCUUAUCGGAGCUCCAGGCGUGGGCAAGGGGACGCAGUCGGAGCGGCUGCUACGUCGCUUUCCCCAGUUGGCCCACCUAAGCUCGGGCGAUCUCCUGCGGCACAAUGUCAAGACCCGGACGCCACUCGGCAUCAAGGUCGAGAGCACGAUCAAAGCUGGCGGCCUCGUGCCGGACAACCUCAUCCUGCGCCUCAUCCGGAACGAGCUCUCGACCCGUGGCUGGCUCGUGUCUAGCGGCUCGCCCGACCUGCUGACGAUCGCGGCCAAGUCGACGGCCGAUGAUGCCGGUGUGGCCACCUUUUUGUCGCAGCACAAGGCUGCCGUCGACGGCAGCAUGGCCGGAGCUGCGGCCGAAUCGCGACUGUCUGAGGACCCGGCCGCAUCGUUUCUGCUUGAUGGCUUCCCGCGCACGGCAGCCCAGGCGGCACAGCUCGAUCUGUUCGUGCCCGUCAACCUGGCCAUCUCGCUCAAGACGCCCUUUGAGGUGGUGAUGCAGCGCAUCGCCAGCCGCUGGGUGCACGAGCCGUCGGGUCGGGUGUACAACGACUCGUUCAAUGCACCGCGUAUGGCUGGCCGUGACGACGUCACGGGCGAGCCGCUGGUCAAGCGGCCGGACGACAGCGAGGCCGUCUAUCGCACCCGCUACGAUAAGUUCCUCGAGACCAGCACGCCGCUGCUGGCUCACUAUGCCGAUCGCGGCGUGCUGCUUGAGGUCGAGGGCAUGAGCAGCGACGAGAUCACGCCAAAGCUGUUUGCUGAGUUUGAGCGCCGGUUCGUGGACUGA